AUGACCGUUAUUGGGUCUGACAAGGACCUGCAGGAUCAAAUCUUUAUUCUGGUUACCGGUGCCAACAGUGGUCUUGGUUUCUCGAUAUGCUGUCGUCUUGUCGAUGAUUUCCUCCGCAAUCGCCCUGAUUCGCAGUCCCUGACCGUCCUCUUCACAACCCGAAGCACCAGAAAGGGAAAUGACACCAUCUCCCGUCUGCAGGAACACCUCCGCACCACCACGCAGGACCCAACGGCCCUCAAGCGAGUCUCCUUCGUCCCUGAGAAUGUCGACUUGAUGGAUCUGGUCUCCGUCCGCGCCCUCUCCCGUCGGCUGGUCGAGACAAUCCCCAAACUCGACUCUAUCAUCCUCAAUGCCGGCCUGGGUGGUUGGACUGGCCUUAACUGGCCCGAGGCCAUCUGGGGUGUCCUGACCGAUUUGGUUCACCAGGUGUCCUGGCCAACGUAUAAGAUCGCGCCUGUUGGAAUGGUGACGGAUAAUCAGCUUUCGGGUGUCGACGAGCCCCGUCUGGGGUCGAUUUUCUGUGCCAACGUCUUUGGUCACUACAUGCUGGCGCAUAAUGUCGUGCCAUUGCUGAAGCGCUCCGGUAAUCCUAACGGACCCGGUCGUAUCAUCUGGGUGUCGAGCAUCGAGGCUACCAUCGACUUGUUCAACGUCGACGAUAUCCAGGGCAUGCGUACCGCAGCUCCCUACGAAUCCUCCAAGGCCUUGACCGAUGUUCUGGCCUUGACCUCCAACCUCCCCAGUACCGCUCCCUGGGUCAAGAGCUUCUACUCCCUGGACAAGGACGAUGAAAGCAACCCUCCCCCUCAACCAAACAUGUACCUCACCCACCCAGGUAUCUGUGGAACGGGCAUCCUCCCUCUCUCCUCCAUCCUCUUCUACGCCAUGAUGUCGUCCUUCCUUCUUGCCCGCCUCCUCGGUUCCCCCUGGCAUACCAUCUCCACAUACAUGGGCGCCUGUGCCCCCGUCUGGCUGGCGUUAUCCGCACAGGCCCUCCUCGACGACGCUGAGUCUCCUUACCAACGCAACGGGGGCGGUCGAGCCAAAUGGGGCUCCGCUUGCACCAAUUUCUCGGGAGGCGAUCACCCCGCCUCCACCGAGGUAGAUGGAUGGGGAUACGGUGGUGUCGUGGGCUCAGCCGUGGUGGAGGCGGAUCGAUCCCGGCGCCGCAAGAGAGGAGCCAAGGAUCUAUCCGUCGAGGAUAAGGAGCGUUUCGAGGACCUUGGGAGACAAUGUUGGCAGAAAAUGGAGGAAUUGAGGAUUCAAUGGGAUGAACUUUUGGAUAAGGCCGAAGUUCAAUCCAACUAA